GUUCCCCCCCCCUGUGUUGAAAAGGGUGGGGGGGGGAGAAGAAAAAAAGUUAGUGAGUUCGGUUCCUGGAGCGCCCGUGGACUUUAAUACCUGAGAGAGAGAGAGAGAGGGAGAGGGGGAGAGAGAGCGCUCCGGGACCGCCAACCGCCUUCUUGUUUUUGUUUCGGUUCUUCCGUUCUCCUCCGCACAUGAGGGACGAAACGAGGACAUGAGUUCCUUUCUCAGGAUAAAUAAUUGCAGAUCAAGACCAUAUUCCUAUCAGAUGCAGAGGAACACACCAAUAUGAAUCCAGAUGUAGAACCAGACGCGGCAACCAAACUUGCCCAGGAAAGAGCCGAGAUAGUGUCGAAGUAUGACAAGGGGACGAGAGGAGCAAAGAUUGAUCCGUGGGAAGAUGCGGAAUUCCAUAUCUAUAAAGUCACGGAUCGUUUUGGUUUCUUACAUGCGGAUGAGCUCCCUGUGCCUGACGCUGUGGAAGAAAGGGUUAAGCAGUUGGAGAUUGAAAGAACAGGAAAAUGGAUCAAAAUGGUGAAAGGCUGGGACAAAUACAAGAACACUGAAAAGAUGGUGCGGAGAAUAUAUAAAGGAAUCCCACUGCAGCUCAGGGGCGAGGUCUGGUCACUUUUGCUGGAAAUCCAAAAACUGAAGACUGAAAAAAAAGACUUGUACGAUAAACUCAAAAGCAGAGCACGGGUGGUGUCUCCAGACGUCAGGCAGAUUGACCUUGAUGUGAACCGUACUUACAGAGACCACAUCAUGUUCAGGGAACGAUAUGGAGUCAAACAACAAGCCUUGUUCCAUGUAUUAGCUGCAUAUUCCAUGUAUAAUACGGAAGUCGGAUACUGCCAGGGAAUGAGUCAGAUCACUGCUCUGCUUCUUAUGUAUCUGAAUGAAGAGGAUGCCUUCUGGGCACUCGUUAGACUACUGUCUGGCCCAAAACAUGCCAUGCAUGGAUUCUUUGUUCCUGGCUUCCCAAAGCUGUUGCGGUUUCAAGAACACCAUGAACGCAUUUUAAAGAAGUUCAUGAACAAACUGAAACAACACCUGGAUUCCGAGGACGUGUUUACCAGUCUGUACACCAUGAAGUGGUUUUUCCAGUGUUUCUUGGACCGAACUCCUUUCACCCUAACGUUGAGGCUAUGGGACAUCUACAUGUUGGAAGGUGAACGGAUUCUCAUAGCCAUGUCCUACACGAUACUUAAACUGCACAAAAAGCAUCUACUGAAGUUGUCAAUGGAAGACUUGAUUCAGUUCCUCCAGGAGAGUUUGGCCAAAGACUUUUUCUUUGACGACGACUUUGUGAUCGACCAGCUCCAGAACUCGAUGACUGAGCUGAAACGUAGCAAACUGGAUUUGCCAGCAGCAGGCAAAGCGGAUGAAUUUCCACAGAGGUCCCUGGGUCAGAUACCGGCAGAGCCGGAGAUGCCCCCCGUCGUGAACCACGCCCUCAACGGCCAAAACAACGCGGCUAAAGUGGGACCCCCAACGGCAAAGAGAAAAGAUCGCAAGACGGCGUCGGAGAAACUGCCGGAGAAGGAACCCGACAGCAGGUCGAGAAGUUCUCCCGAAAAGUCGCCUCUUAAAUCUCAAAAGCCGGCAGGGUUGGCAGAAAACCAGCGAAGCCGAGUGAAAGUCCUGCCGGAUAUGGACAUGAGGAGACAGCCGGGGCUGUCACCCCAGCACGGAGCAGCAGCAGCAACAGCAGCGCGCAGGGACCCUCGACAGGUCAGCCACGCUAGCGCCAACCAGAACUCCAACGCCAACCCCGGCGCUAAGAAGGAAUUUGCACCAAAGUGGAACAAACCUUCGGGGGUGAGGACACAGGCUGCGGAGGGCAGGGGCAGGACUGGGAGCUACAAUGAACCAAGCUCCCCGUCCAGCCCGGAGGAAACGCGCCUGCUCAUGGCGAGAGCCAAACGCCACAUCAUCGAGGUUGACGAAACAAAGAGGGAUUCGAACGCUUCCGAAUACGACAACGUCCCCGGGGAGGAGCACGAAUACGACGGGCGCGUUGAGGUGCUGGAGAGGAGAGACCCCAACGCGCCUCACAACGACACGAUAACCGUGCGGGAAGCGAUCUUCAAAGCUCCGAGUCCGUCCAGGCUUUUUCCUCCAGGGGUGUCGAGCAGCACAAGCAAUGCCAAUGCAACCUCUCAGCCGAGAUCCUCAAGGACUGCCUCGAUGAGCUCUAACCAAAGAUCGCCAGUAAAGCGGCAACCUACCUUGCCCCCGUCCUACAGCGGCCCCCCCGUGUACCACGGCAGCCCCCCGCAGUACUCGCCCGCCAGAGAGAGAGACAGAGAGAUGCCCCUCUCGCCACAGCAUCAUUUCAACUUGUCCGGGAUUCAGGUCAACCCUGACAACAGACAGUACGGUACGAAGAUAACGCACAUGUCGGACCAUCCCGAGGCGUACCUGAACUCCCACUCCGCUGGCCGCCAAUAUUCUAACGCUUCACAGACAUUCAGGAUCGCCGUGCAGCCUUCGGAUCACGGCGGGCGGUUUGACUCGGUGAACAGCGCCAAGUACGCGAGGCAGCCGGUCGCGCACAGAGGCCCGCAGCAGUUUUCGCCAGAACAGUACAUGGAUUACCAAAUCGACCACCGAAGAAGGCAAGAGUCCUCUCCGCCCUACAGGCAGGAACAGUACAUCCGGCAGUGGAGCCAGGAGCCUGACCCGUGGCACAUGGGAACUCUACAGCGAUCGCCAAGUUUCGGAAAGGCACAGCAGGCUCCUGUGUCGGAAUUCACCUACCCAGGCCCGCCUGUGGACGUCACCAGUGCCUAUUACAGAACUGCACCCUAUCAAGAUGCACAGCCACGACAUCAGCGCUCGCCUCAAUACAGUGGCCAACAUUACGGAAAGCCUCAGACAGACGGACGAACCAUCCCCGAAUCAGUGUUACUCUAGACAGACCAGUCCGUCCCCCCCCCCCCCC